AAACUCUACCCUUAAACCAGAGUUUGGUUCAUCAACCUUCUUUUUCUUUCUUAACUCACAUCUUCCAUCUUUGGAAACUUUUUGACCCUUUCGGUACCUAUAAUUUCCCUUCUUUCCUUUUCAAGCUUCUUUCCACAAUCAUCAUUUUUCUACUUUUCCAAGUUGCGAUGACUACACCACCCUUUAAUCUGCAAGACCUCAUUUCUGGGACUUAGGCUCUUAACUGUGAUGAUCCUUCAACUUUGGAGACGUUACCACUGGCUACACCACUUUUGGCUCUCCACCGUCUAAUUGGUUCAAAUUCAUGGUUUGCCUCUCCAAAAUAUGACUGCCUGGAAUGCUGCAAGUAUAGGACUCUCUCUUGGUAAAGUUUUGGACGUUGAAAAUUGUUCUACUAAAGGUCCCCGGUCUUCUUCUUCUCCAAGUUUGAAGGUUCGGGCCAUUACUUCUGCUCCAGUAACGACUGUAUUAGCUUCUCCUAUGCUGGAUUUUUCAUCUGCUCUUAUCUGUGCUCCAUCCUUUGCGGCAGUCUCCUUAGUGCUUCCCCAGCAAGCCACCACUACGUCAACUAACCGCCCAACACAACUUGCUGAACACGUUCUGCACGAUUCGUCAUCUCCUCGAGCUGUGCUUCUCCCGCACGUGGCCCCCUACAACCCAUACUUGCAUAUACUUGGACAUGAAGCUGCCACGUCUCCUGCUGCAAGUACUUUUUCUUCAGUCAAACCUGCAUCGCCGACUGAACGUGGUAAGGGAGUUUUAAUUGCAUCUGAUAUUUCUUCUGCUACUUUGGACAACACCCCAUUAGCCCGGCUCAUGUUUUUUGGGCUUUCUCCACCUCUUUUAACUCCCUCUGUUGGCCCUCCUGUUCACCCAUCUCUUCCUUCCAGCCAAUCACUUAAUCCUUCUAGCCCAUCUUCUCUAACUCAACCCAAUAUCAUUUUACCACCUCCCCUUUUCCAGCUUGCAUCCCAGAUUUCCCCCUCUAGCCCUUCCCACCACAUUCAGCCUUCUUUUAACCUGCCCUUUUUUCAUCCUUCAGGCUCCUCUCCUAGAAAAACCACCCCCUCAGGUUCCCGUUACCACCCUUACCUUACAAAAACCCCCCACUGGUCCCCUCCGUGGCCUUGCUCCAGCACACUCCCCCCCCCCCCCCCCCCCCCUCCCUCUCCUGCCCGUUCUAGUCACCCUAUUGGAAGAAAACGACACACUGCAUCCGGAGACUUAGACUUACAGGAUCGCAUGUAUAUGGCAGCUUAUUCUUUGUCUUCUUUAAAGCAUGUUGUUGUCUCUCCAGUGGCUUUAACUACAGCUUUUAGCUCUCAGCCUUUACCUUCAGCUCAUUCUAUCCCAGUUGAGAUGGUAGUUCCACCAGAUUCUCCCUUUGCUACAAAGAUUGUUUACAAAGCUGCUCGUAAGGCUUGUAGUGUUACCCAGCUAGUUUUGGUGGAUGCCCAAGACAUUGCUGUUACUUGGUCAGAUUCUGCUCCAACUUUAGAGGCGGUUGGUUCAACCAUGCCCCCUCCAGUUCCAUGAAGUUUCUAUCUUGGAAUUGUAGAGGUCUGGCCAACAUCUUUACAAUUCGCAGUCUCAGGGACAUCAUCAGGCUAAAUAACCAUGAUGUUAUUUUUUUGUUUGAAACUAAAACUACUGCUACUAUUACUACUUCUAUUAUGCUACAGCUUGGGUUUACUCACUUAGUUCAGGCCCCUCCCCCUUUCUUUAGAGGUGGUAUUUUGCUUGCCUGGAAACAUGAUGUUAACCUUACAAGCUUCUUUGUUUCUCUUGAUAUUAUUUGCGUUUCGUGUUUAUCUGUUGAUACUAAUGUGAAAUGGAUGGUUUCUUUUGUGUAUGGCCCCCCUUAUAAGAAA